AUGUCUGAGUACGGAUCUCUCAAGCCUGGAUACGCUGACCUCGAGGGCAACCCGCGACUUCCGUUCUACGCCAUCGCGAACCCCGAUGUGCGCGCCUACCUCGCCGAGUUCGUGGGCACCUUCAUCCUGGUUCUCAUCGGUGACGGCUCCGUGGCCCAGUACGUGCUUGGCGGUGGUGACGCUGGCCACUACCUGUCUGUCAACCUGGCCUGGGGCAUCGCUUUGCUGUUCGGCAUCCACUUCUCCGGCGGCGUCAGCGGUGGCCACCUUAACCCCGCGGUCACGCUGACCCUCGCUACCUUCGGCCGCUUCGAAUGGUACAAGCUGCCCGGUUACUUCAUCGCGCAGACACUCGGUGCCUUCGCGGCCGCCUGGGUGGUCUUCAUCGUGUACUACCCGUGGUUCGACGUCCAGGACCCGGAGCGUGCCACCACCCAGGGCAUCUUCGCCACGUACCCGAACGAGCAGAUCCCCAACUGGUCCGGCCUGGUCAACGAGAUUGUCGGCACUGCCCUGCUCCUCAGCGGCAUCUUUGCUGUCGGUGACCAGCUCAACAAGCCGGCCAGCCCGUACACGUUCCCGGCCGCUGUCGCUCUCAUGCUGACCUGCGUGGGCAUGGCCUUCGGCCUCGACACGGGCUACGCGCUCAACCCGGCCCGCGACUUCGGCCCUCGCCUCUUCACCUUCUUCGCUGGCUGGGGCUGGAAGGUGUUCACGGCCCGCAGCUUCUACUUCUGGAUCCCCAUCAUCGGCCCCUUCAUCGGUGGUCUGCUUGGUGCUGGCCUGUACGUCGGUCUCAUUGAGAACUUCCACCCGCGCGAGUAA